AUGAUUCAAGCGCUUCCGCUUUUGCGAUUGCUUCUGCAAAUAUGUGCAGCGGUACUUUUGACAUUCCGUAGCUCGCAACUUGGCUCUGCGCUGCAUCCUUUCCAGCGUGCCGUAGCCAACGAAUGGGUUCGUCUUCUUUUUUAUGUGGACAUUGUCAAAAAGAUUGCACCGGAGGAGACAAUUGUGGAGACUUUGCCUCACUUUUUGCUCGAGGUGGAGGAGGAAAUUGCAGCUAAUGUGGACGAUGAGUUUUUCGCUGGAGGAUUUGCAGCGCGAGCAUCCUCAUUACCAGUUGGUGCGUUAUUUACAAUUGAAGAAACGCGUCAGCAUUUGCAUGGUGUUGUACGAAACUACUUUCGACUAGCAGACACAGCGCUAAAUUCGUACUCAGUUUAUUGCAAUGAGACGCAAAUGCAGAUACCACCUCCACUGCUUACGGUACGCUCAGAUAUGGGCGAAGAGCCACAUGAUGCGCUUUAUAACAUCACAAACGCAUCAAUCAGCGCGUUGUGGCCAGCGGCCUUGCGCACUGGGAGCGAGGCUGCACCACAAGAAGAGACGAGAGCAUUCUUUGACGAAUUGGACGCUAUGGAGAUUAAGCUCGUGGUGGGUAUGAAGAAAGUGGAGAAAGAUAUCAACACGAUGGAAUUAGAGAAGGUAACGAUGAGGUACAAUCUCGUUCGUGUACCUUUAUCGGGCAUUAAAAGGAGACGUAAGGAAAGCGAUGUGCCGCCUGUUUUAGCUGACACUAGCACCAUGUUCAAUUGGAUCACACUAAUCGUGAUUGGUUUGUACCAGAUACUUGAGUUCUGGCUGAAGUGGUUUGAGAUGAAAGAGGUCGCUACACGGCAUCCAGACAAUUCUUAUCACACAAACAAACAUUUGAUGAUGCUCGUUGUGACCAAAGAAGCUGCCAGAGAUUUUUGGUUCUGGUUUAUUUUGAUUGUCAAUUUGGCGACUGUGACGUGUCUGCUGACUACGUGGCGACACGCUUACGAACUUUCGUUAAUCGAUGCACUGUGCUUCACGUUUGCUACCUGUUGUGCACUGCAUUGGGCUAACCUCUUGCGAUAUUUGCAGGUGAACACAAGAUUCCAUAUUUUAGGACUUACUUUACGACGUUCGUUACCUCGAGUAAUGCAGUUUCUUGUUGGUGUUUUACCAAUUUUUGCUGGAUUUGUGCUCUUCGGAACAAUCAUGUUUGGGGCUAAAGUCCCACGAUUCCAGAGUGCUAGCGUUACGGCGACAACACUUUUUUCCGUGGCAAACGGUGAUGAGAUUCACGACACUUUUAUCGAUGUCGCAUACACUCCGUGGAUUGGGCAGAUCUACGUAUAUGGUUACAUGCUACUGUUCAGCUACGUUGUCCUUAUGGUGUGUAUUGGUAUUAUCGAGGACGCUUUCUUUUCUGCUGUUUUUCCAGCGUCGUGGCCAAGUGUUGAUAAUAUGCACGAGGUCAAACAGACUACAGAGGCAGAGAAUUAG